AACAGUGCCAAUAUUGACAGUGAGUUAUGUCACUUAAUCAACUUGGGGUAAACAUGACUUUAAUUGUUUGUGUUUUAAAGAGCAAUUUAAAUAGUUGAUAAAAUUCGCAUACGUGUAAAGUGUGAGAUAAUGCUCAAUUCAAAGGGCCGGUUUUUCGUUAAUUACAUCCAGAUUUAUUCACCAUGUUAUCAGGAAACUUAAUCAUUCGAUCAGACCACUAUGAGUUUAAUAGUAAAAAGAAAAAAAUCUCAUAGAGCAAAACUAUCAAAAGAUUAUAGAAUGGAGGGCAAUGAGAUACAUGAUGAUGGUAGCGAAUAUUCUACCGAUACUUGCACCCUGCUAAAUGGAGACGCAUCAGCAAAGCAAGAGGUAAUUGUUGUUAAGCAGGAACCACUAUGGGCUACAGCUAUUCAAAUGUUCAUCCCAUUCCUGCUGGCAGGAUUCGGAAUGGUGACUGCAAGCCUUCUUUUGGACAAAGUCCAACAUUGGCCAGUGUAUCAGAACAUUUCAGAAGUAUACAUUCUUGUACCAGCUCUUCUGGGCCUAAAAGGAAACCUGGAAAUGACUUUAGCAUCCAGGCUGUCUACACACGCAAAUUUAGGCCAUUUAGAUAGCCACAAGCAAAAACUAAGCCUAAUCACAGGUAACAUUGCUCUGAUUUUAUGUCAGGCAAUUGUUGUGGGGUUUCUAGCUUCCAUUGCUGCUGUUAUAUUCGGCUGGAUUCCUCGUGGUGAACUUAAUAUUCAGCAUGCUUUGCUGCUAUGCGCUAGUAGCAUUGUGACAGCAUUUGGUGCCAGUUUUGUAUUAGGUGUAGUUAUGAUAGGUGUUAUAAUAUUUUCUAGACAUUUCAAUAUUAAUCCAGAUAAUGUAGCUACCCCGAUAGCGGCCAGUUUAGGUGACCUUACCACUCUAGCAGUGUUAUCUUACUUUGCUUCCUUAUUUUACAGAACAAUAGAUAGUCAUCCAUGGUUAACACCAUGCUUAAUCGUGUUAGGAAUAAGUUUGGUGCCUUUAUGGGCAUAUGUAGCUAGUCAAAACAAAUACACACGCGAAGUUCUUUUCAGCGGCUGGAGCCCUGUGAUAUCAGCAAUGAUCAUCAGCAGUGCUGGAGGUCUGAUUUUGGACUUCACAGUCUCUCAAUACAAAGGGGUUGCUGUAUUUCAGUUAGUCAUUAAUGGGGUUGGGGGCAAUUUGGUGGCCGUACAAGCCAGUCGUAUAUCAACGGAACUCCAUAGUAAAGGAAACCUUGGCGAACUACCAUCUCACAUGCAAGUGUGUAUUAGUCCCUGUGAUGCAUUCUGUGAUAAUAAGAAAACCAGUCACACUGGUACCGCUAACAUGCUAAUGUUAAUGGUUAUUCCUGGGCACUUAAUUUUUUCUUACACUAUCAGUUACUUACAAGCGGGGCAUACAUCGUUUACUUUGGUAUUUAUGCUAGUUUACUUAAGCGCUGCAUUGAUCCAAGUCUUUUUAUUACUUUAUAUUGCACAAGUUCUCACUUUGAGCAUGUGGAAGUCUGGAGUUGAUCCAGAUAAUUCUGCCAUUCCCUACCUUACUGCGCUGGGUGACUUACUUGGUACGAUGCUACUUGGUUUAGCAUUUCAAUUUUUAUAUCUAAUUGGAGACCGAGAUAGUGAUGUUGGUGACUAGUUUUAUUCUUCAAUGGCAGUGCCAAAUAAGCUGCAACUUAAGUCCGAUUUUAGAGCAUACUUCUUUUAUCAAGUCCGGUUUUCAAGCAGUUUAAGCGUCCUAUCUGCGAAAUUAUAAUAACAUUAAAUUUUAGUCAUUCCACUACUUGAUAUUUCGAUGAGAUUUGUUGAAAUUCGUAUUAUUACUGUAUUACUUAGUUUUAGGUAAUGAAAAAACCAAAAAUAUUUUAGUUAUAAUUUUUGUUGAUUUUGCAAAUACUUCACUUAUUUAGUAUUGCGAUUUUUAAUUGGGCAAAAAACCAGUGGCGCAUUUCACUCCAACGAUUUAUGGAUGUUUACACGUAAUUCUUCGUCUGAUCGAGGCCAUAUUUAGAAAUCGACUAUGUAAUUGGAUUUUGCUCAUAUGAUCUAUAUGGCCAAACUUACUUUAUUUAUAAUCUUUUUUUUAAUGUUAUCGAAAGUAAUCUAAGAUCCAAGAUGUUGGAGGACAUGGUGUUUGGGAGAAUGUGGAAAAAUCGCCCAAAUAUCAAGAAAAUACUGAUUAAUUAAAUACUAAUUAAUUAUCGAACCACUAGGUAUAUAUGAUUUUUUAUUAUUUAUUAUGUAUGAGAAAAAGUGUAAAUUAUUCGUGUUUACAGGGUGCGAAUAAAUACGAUACUCAUCACCCCAUUAUUUUUGUACCACGUUUUUUUUGUGGUUUCAUUAAAAAAUUUGAAUACAAUAGCAAAUAAUGUAGAAAACUUCGAAUACACAUGGUGGUUCAAUAAUUACGUGUAAAAAACUGAAUUCCAUUAAACCUCUUGGGGAGGUCAUAUCUUGGAAGUUUACUAAAUCAUGUAGUAUUUUUUCACCUCAGGGGUAUUUCCGACUUUUUCCCGGACACCCUGUAUAUGUUAUGUAUUCGGUUUGUUAUGUUUCCAUAUAGAAAUAAGGUUUUAUGGUCUUAGUUCUACUUUAUGUGGAAAAUAGAUUAGAAUUUAUCGACUGGCUGUAAAAUAUUUUAUGUUUAUAUGUGAAAAUUUAUACAGACAACAAAUAAAUUGUUCCUAUUUA